CAGCCACCACCAGACAUGACAGGGGUGCGCACCCGGCCUUCGCCUCCUCCGUCUGCGACGACCGGCCGAGCCUCAGCUAAACAGACAGCAAGGCAGGCCUCACCCGAGUUCUUAGCUGACGAGCCGCUGGCACUCCCGUCGGAGGAGGCCUCUGCACCGCCCAACACCAGACUGUCUCACCACUCACUGCCCGGCAACCCCAGCGAAGACGGCGGCGGGACUGGCAGUGAAUCUGACGGCAGACCGCUCGGUCUCACCGGCCUCAGGAACACGGGCAACACCUGCUUCCUGAACACAGUCGUCCAGUGCCUGAGCAACACACGCGCUCUCCACGAUUACAUCCUGCGCGAUGGACGCUCCUCAGAUGCCAGCAUGCCUGCCGCCGCUACGAAGGGGUCCCUCAUGAACACAUUCAGCGCCCUGAUACGCGACAUGUGGACAUCCUCGGACGAAACGGAGCGGGUGCUCACCACCGCACCACUCAAGUCGAUGAUCCAACGGCUCGCGCCACGCUUCAUGGGCUCUCAGCAGCAGGACGCGCAGGAAUUCCUCAGAUAUCUGCUGCAGGGACUUCACGAGGACGUGAACCGGGUGACGAGCCGGCCAAAGCCGAUCACGACCGACAUCGACGACUCACUGAGCGCCAGUCAAAAGUCAAUGGAGGCCUGGAAACGUUUCUUGCGCCUGGAAAACUCCAAGUUUGUUGACCUGUUCGUGGGCCAGCUCAAGGCUACCCUGCGGUGCACGGUAUGUGGCCACGCAUCGGUUACCUUCGACCCGUUCUGGGAUCUGAGUCUGCCAAUCCCGUCACGAAGUGGCCAGGUGCGCCUACAGGCCUGUUUUGACCUGUUCACCAAAGAGGAGGUGCUCGAUGGCGACGAAAAACCGACCUGCUCAAAGUGCCAGAAGCGCCAAAAGUGCACCAGGAGCCUCUCGAUCCAGAAGUUCCCUCGUAUCUUGGUGGUCCACCUGAAGCGGUUCUCGCCGCAGGAGAGGUUCCGCGGGAAGCUGAACACCACUGUCGACUUUUCGGUGAACGGCCUGGACCUGUCGCCCUACUCGGCCGGACAGACGCCCUGCCGGUACAGCCUAUACGGCGUGGCGAACCACUCUGGCACGCUGCUCUCAGGACAUUACACCGCUCACUGCCGACACCCGUACACGGCAGAGUGGUACGAGUACAACGACUCGCGGGUCCACGUGAUGGACCAGAGAAACGUCAACAGCGGAAAGGCUUACGUGCUGUUCUUUGAGCUGGCCGGCUCGAAACACCGCUCCGGCUCGACCCACGUCUAGUCAUCCAGUCACGGGAGAGGAGCCUGCGAUCGUCACCCGCUCGGGCCCUGUGUAGUCACACCGACCGGCGCACAUUCUGCUCGGACAACUCUAGCCAGCGGCCUAUUGUGAUUUGUGAU